AUGACGCGCGACCAAAAUCGCCCCGAAGAACAGAAACAAGCUAGGUUCUCCAACUAUGCCCCUUUGAAUGCACCCAAAUCCCGCAUUCUAGAUGAAGUCCUACAAGCGGAACUCAUCCCGCCGCCUAGGAAAUUCCAGAACCUGCCCAACGCUGACAUGAGCAAGUAUUGCCACUACCACCGCAACAGUGGACACAUGACCGAAGAAUGUGAAACCUUGCGGAACAAAAUAGAGGAGCUGAUACGUGCUAGUCACCUCAAACAUUACGUAAAAAAUGUGGGAGAAGGAGGGUCCCGACCCCGCUACGACAUAACUAAUAACAGAAGAUUCGAGCGAAGAGAAGAAAGAAGACCUGAGUGUAAGGAAUCGAGAAGAGAGCCCGGAAGAAACCAGAACGUAGAGCGUAGGAUGGAACAACAACAACAAGACAAAUGCCUAGACGAUAGACCCCCACUGAGGCGAACAAUUAAUACGAUCUCUAGAGGGUUUGUGGGGGGAGGGCACUCAUCUUCCUUCAAGAAAAGGCAUCUAAGAGCUGUCCAAUCAGUCCAUGCCAUAAUCGGCAGAUCCCAAAGGAGGAUGCCUCCCAUAACAUUCACAAACUCGAACUUCAAGGGUACAGACCCGAAUCAGGAGGAUCCUAUGGUCAUAAUGGUGGAGCUCGAAAGUUUCGCGGUAAAAAAUGUUUUGGUCGACCCAGGAAGCUCGGUCGACAUCCUAUAUUGA